AUGGCCCUUUGUUGGAUCCAGAAGCCUUGCCUGCCGGCUUUUCUGGGCAACACGGGACUGAGCAUGAACAGACAAUCGUGCCUGGUCCCUGGGACUCUGGGAGACUCUUCACGAGCAACACUGCCAGUACCUCAGAAUUCUGUUGCUGUAUGUCAACAGUUUUCAGUCACAGAACUGAAGACAAAGUUGUCUAUACAUGAAAAUUCCAUGACUACCGGAACCUUGGAAGAAGAUGAAUGGAUUAAUUUAAGAGAAAACUUGACUGUACCAUGUGUCUUAGAAGCACUGAGUAUAAAUGUAAAUGAUGAAGGAAGACUUGCUAAUACAGAUAUUGAAGAUUUUUCAAAAAUUACUAAUUUCCAGUUAGAUGAAUGGCUUGAUGACAAGAGUUCCUUCUGUGAUAGCAACGUGAAGAUUUUUAGUAUCCCUCAUUGUACUGGGACCAAGGAUUCUUGUUCUCCUAAAAAAAAUGAGAUUUUUUCUUCACUACCUCUGAUACCUACUUCACUACAGGAUAGUAUCUCUAUAGCAGACAACAAUGUAUCUAUUGAAAAUCAUAUCAAGCAAACCAAAUUACAAAAUGAAAUUGAAAAGCCAGUGCAGAUUGAAAACCAUGAAGUAGAAAAAAACAAUCAACUAGUCAGUUGCAAGAAAGUCUCUACCUCAGCAGAUAGUACAUUAAGAAAUAAAAAGUCAAUUCUAUCUGAACAGCCUAGAAAAUAUAAAGAUGACUUUGAUCUUUUGAGUAAUUUUAUCAAACUGAGAUCUAAACAGGUUGUCAGCCAAAGAGAGGAAGGAAAUAAUCUGGAUAUUCAAGAAGAAGUAUUUGAUGCUGAGGAUGAACAACCUUCAAUGGAAAGCCACAAAAGUCCUGGGGUUCCUGGCAUGACAGUUCCUAUGGAAAACCAAUCAAAAGACAAUCAUACAUUAGCCUUCGUCAAAAUUAAAACAUCAGAGUGUCAGUCUCAGGCAUAUCAUAUCCUGGAAGCUGCAGCGGCUCCAGUUUUGAAAGAACUUAUAAAGUUUGACAUGCAGAAUUCAAGGUUUGCCACCCUUAAUUCUGAUAACACCAGAUUUUUUUUGAAACAACAAGAGAAAGUGGUCAGUGACACAUUGAAACAAGGUAGCAAAGGUGCAAAAUAUAUUUUGGUAUUCAGACAUGCUACUAUUCUUCAUUUGCUGGUUACAGUUCGUGAUCUUUUAUUAACCUGUAACCUGAACACUGCAUUAGAAUAUUUGUCCAAGGCAAAAGACAAUUAUAAAGACUUCCAAGACUAUGAUCUGAAUAUUAUUUGGAAACAGCUGAAAAUUGUGGAAUUUGUUGUGCAGGAGCACAAAGUCAGUCCCAAAGUGACAGAAUUACAGCAUCAAAUUUCUAAGUGGGUACAGAAUAAUGCAAAUGAUCAGAACAAGGUAGUAAUUGUGAUUAGAAUGGAUGUUGAUGAAGAAACAGAAGUCCUAAUCAAUACCAUUAAUACAGUGCAAGGCUUGAAGGCCAUAUAUUUGAAUUCUAAGAAAAGAGGAAUGUUGUUCGAUAGUAAACAUAUAAUAAAUAGUUUGGACAUAUGUUCUUGUAUCAUUGUGCAUAAUCAACAUAUUGGGUCUGAUUUCCCCUGGAUCAAUUUUUCAUUGGUGAUAGAGUACAACUACAAUGAGAAUUCCUGUUGGAUUGAUCUAUGUAAAAAAAUGAAUAUAUCUUACUUAAUUUUCCAAACAACACCCCCAGAACCAAUUGAAACUGAAGAGUUUUUGCCAGAUAAUCUUGGAUAUGAUCUUCUGAGGUUGUCAAUUCCUUAUGUUUUUUUGACAUCUGAAGGACUUCUCAAUACCCCAGAAAUUCUUCAGUUACUAGAAUCCAAGUAUAAUAUUACACUAAUUGAAAGAAACUGUUGUGAGACCUUAAACUAUUUUGAAGGUACAGAACAUUAUGCGGUGAUGACCAUAGAUGAAUGCACAGCUAUUGUUAUGCAGAACAUGGAAGAACUCAAUUAUGAAAAAUCCUCUGAUAACAUUGUCUUAAGAUUGAUGGCACUAUCACUCCAGUAUGCCUCCUGUUGGAUUAUUUUAUACUCCAGAGAAAGAUUAAAUUCUAAAUAUAGCCUAACUGGAAAAACCCUGCAUCAUCUUGCUUUGAUUUAUGCAGCAUUGAUUUCUUUUGCUCAGAAUUCAGACUUUGAAGUGAAGAUGACCCUUACACCAGGAGUUGAAGAAACAGCACUUUUGGUUCGCCAGAUAGCUGACCAUAUAUUAUUGGCAUCUAAACAACAUCCUCAGGAGUGGCUGAACAAAUCAUGGCUUUCUGUCCUGCCAUCAGAAGCAGAGAAAUGCUUGCUUACAUUUCCAUGCAUGAAUCCACUAGUUGCUCAAGUCAUGCUAAAGAAAAGUUCUUCACUGGAAUGGCUCCUGGCAGCAUCUUUUGUUGAGCUUCAGGAACUUCUGCCUGAGGUGCCAGAAAAGGUUUUGAAGAAUUUUAGUGAUAUCACUUCAUUAUAUAUCCUCAAACCACUAACAAGACCAGGAACACAAAAAGAAAUGUCUCUUCAAGGAAAUAUUAAUUCUGCCAUCUGCUCUUAUUCUCAGCUUCCAUUUCCUGAGGCUUUGUUCUCCAGAUUGCAAGGACAUAAUUCCUUUACUGAGUAUUCAGAAUGCUUUCCCGAAGAACAGAACAAAUACUGUUCCACAGAUUUCUGCCAAAAUGGAUCUUGUGGUUGUCUGAAAUCAACUGGAGAACAUAGCUUAGUUAUACCUUCAAUAUUGUAUGAAGGAGACACCUGUCCCUUUCAGGAUAAUGUAAAGAUAGAGAGGCAACUUUAUCUCCCAUUUCUGAAAAAAGUGGAAACAGAAAAAAUAAUAAAUGCAUCGCAUUUAACACUGAAUAGUAUUGGGGGAUCUUCCCAUGUCAAUAAUGAAACCACAAUGUCAUAUUUGCACUGUAACCAGGACACUAGCUCUUAUAUUGAGAAUUGUCCACUGAAUAGAAUGACUGUUUCAAAAGUGGACACAGGCAGACAGCUAGAUAUCUCUGAGUUCUUGAAGAAGACUAACUAUCAUGAUGCUAAAAAUGAACAUCUGGGAAAAAUUCAACCUCUUGCGCAACGACUGAAUUCUUUCCAUGAUUUCAAGCAUUCUUCUCAUAUUGUUUCUAAACGAAAAGAUGUUCUGUUCCAGGAAAGCUCAGGGAAUGUUUUGGAAAUAGGAAGAAAAGCAAGCAGCAGUCCUGCAUUACAAUCUGAGGAAAGAUUUUGGGGUAACCCCCCAUUCAUACAAGCAAUGGAUUCUUCUCCCUAUGAUUCACGUGUAGGCAAAGCCAUAUCCAGUCCAGAUAGGUUCAUGAACUUUGGUGUUCAGUUUACUGGAGAAUAUACCAGGGGGAAAGGACGUAAUUCAUUAUCAGGUGAACAGAGACAACAAGAUGUUUCAGGUUUAGAAUUUAUGCAAUUACCACAGCUUAAAAAAAGGCGUCUAACUUUUGAAAAAGAUCCUACGAGACAUGAUGGCCAAACCCGUCUCAAAUUUUUUUAGAAGAAAUGGAGGCUUCAAAAAUCUUGUUAUUUGCAAUACAUAAAAACAAAUUUAGCAGAUUUAAUCUUCUUUUAUAGUAACUUAUUUACAAUUUGUUUCAAUCUUAUAUGUAAUUAUUAUUUUU